GUGCCUUUUUACUUUCGAGGCUUGAUUAAGCCACCAGACUUAUCCCACCUAGCGACUUCGAUCUCACCGUCAACCCAUGUGCUUGGUGGACGUCAGAGAAAAUAAUAGGAAAACAGAGAAUUAGCGAACCAUUCAGUACUAGCGACACAGUUCAAUUCUGAAAGAAUGGCAGAGUUUUGGUGGAAAAGCACGCUCUACCCCUCGGAUCUCUUUGUGGAGGCCUGCGGCGCCAUAGUCUUCGACACCUCAACGCAUCCGAACAAAGUAUGCCUGCUAUACCACGCGAAAUGCGAUGAGUGGGUUCUUCCCAAGGGUCGGAGGAACUGCAACGAGACACGGCAGGCGACUGUGAAGCGUGAGGUGCGCGAGGAAUCUGGAUACGGAAUCGCGCUGCGGCCACUCCGCCUCGUUACGCGCGCGCCGUCAGAGCUCGAGCCCGGCGAUGUCGGCGACGUCCCGCGUAUCUAUGACGGCCUCGUCGAGCCCUUUAUGCUAGACGUUCGGGACCUCGGCAAGGAAAAGGGUGUCAAGCUCGUCUGGUGGUUCGUUGCCACGCUCGAUGGUACCGCGGGGGAGGGUGAGCAGCAGUUCAAGGCGGUGUUCAUGAGACCAGAUCGUGCGCUUGAACGUCUCACGUUCCAGAAGGACCGCGACGUCUUGAAACGUGCUGUUGAGCUUAUGGAACAGCACUCGGAUAAUGGCGUGGUCGUGUGAUGAUAAUAAAUAUGAUGACGACACUGAGAUGUCCGUUGAUGGACUAGAUGGACAGCUCGAUGAUUGAAUGAUGAUUGAAUGAAUGGAUUAAU